AUGGGUAUGCCACAUGCCACAUCUUCUGUCCAAGUCUUCCACAUACUAACAAGCAACACAGGAUGUCGGUGGCCAGGCGGCGUCAGAAGCCCUUCGCAACUCUGGGACUUGCUGAGGGAAAAGAGAGAUAGCUGGUCCGAGUUCAAAAAAGACCGCAUCAAUGUCGAUGGGUUCUACCACCCGAAUGGCAAGCGACCGGGGAGCAUGUACACAAGGGGCGGGCAUGUACUUGAGGAAGACACACGCGACUUCGAUAACGGCUUUUUCGGCAUCACAGCAACUGAGGCAAUGGCCUUGGACCCUAGUCAGCGAAAGCUGCUGGAAGUCACAUAUGAAGCUGUCGAGGCUGCUGGAGAGCCUCUCGAAAGGUUCUUUGGCUCAAGGACUAGAGUUUUUGUUGGAAACUUCAACAAUGAGCACCAACUCAUGCAAUAUAGGGACCCCGAUCACACCUUACCGUAUGUUGUGACGGGUGGGGGCCCUACUAUUCUCAGCAACCGCAUCAACUACGUCUUUAACCUCCAAGGACCUAGCUUAAUGGUUGACACUGCCUGCUCCGCGUCCAUGUAUGCUCUGCACUUGGCCGUGACCGCCAUCCGAAAUGAUGACUGCGACGCCGCCAUCGUCGCAGGGGCCAAUGUGAUCCUGGGCCCAGACAACCAACUCUUCACAACAAAGCUCGGCGCCGUCUCACCCACGUCGCGCUGCCACACAUUUGACGCCGCCGCCGACGGUUACUCCCGCGCCGAGGGUUUCGGCGCCAUAUACCUUAAGAAGCUCUCGGAUGCCGUGGCCGCCGGCGACCCCAUCCGCGCCGUCAUCCGUGGCACCUCCUUCAAUGCCAACGGUCAAACGGGCGGCAUCUCGCAUCCUAGCCCUGACGGCCAAGAGGCUGUCAUCAGACAAGCUUACAAGGCCGCGGGUGGCCUGAACCCAGACAAAACUGGUUAUGCCGAGUGUCACGGCACGGGUACCCCUGUUGGUGAUCCGAUUGAAGUCUCAGCCAUCGGUCGCGUCUUCUCCACGGGUCGCCAAAAUGAUCCGCUGUUAAUUGGCUCGAUCAAACCCAACUUGGGACAUAGCGAAGCCGCCAGUGCCCUGUCUCAAAUCAUGAAAACCAUCUUAUCCAUAGAACAUGGAGAGAUUCCUGCCACGAUCGGAAUUCAGAAAUUCAACCCUUCUAUCGAUUAG